AUGGAAAAAAAUAUUAAACUAAAAAUUAGUGACACUAAAUCACGUAUCCUGAACUUUUUAACAAAUAAAAAAACAAGCGUUCCUAAUGAAGAUGAAAAUAAUGCAAACACAAUAAAUAAAACUAAAAAUAUAGAAAGCCCAAAUAAUAAUUCUUUGAAUAAUUCUGAAUCUAAUGUAAUAAAUAAAAAAAGUAAUGAAAAGGAUACAAUAAAAAAAAAGAAAAAGAGUGGAACAAUAUUAAAUUUAAAAAAUGAGCAACCACCACAAGCAUUGGAAAGCGAAGUAAAAAAGGGAAAAGUAGAGACUGAAAGUAUGACUAAUCAGACAAUG